AUUAGAUCACGUGAGAAGCGAGGCUGUGCUCAUGUGACAUUUUCCAGGUCUCCAUUAUUGUUGUGACGUGAGCUUGUGCCACCGGGAGCUGCUGACAUUCAGAUGCCGAACAGUGCUGCCAACAUGACUUCCUUCUCAGAGCUGUACUUCAACGUAGACAGCGGGUAUCUGGAAGGACUGGUACGGGGAUUCAAGGCCGGCAUUUUGUCUCAAGGAGAUUACCUUAAUCUGGUGCAAUGUGAAACCCUUGAGGAUUUAAAGCUGCAUUUGCAGAGCACAGAUUAUGGUACCUUUCUGGCCAAUGAAGCUUCACCCCUUGCUGUCUCUGUAAUUGAUGAUAAGUUAAAGGAGAAGAUGGUAGUAGAAUUUAGGCAUAUGAGGAACCAGUCAUACGAACCACUGGCAAGUUUUAUGGACUUUAUCACGUACAGCUAUAUGAUUGACAAUGUGAUCUUACUAAUAACUGGAACACUGCACCAGCGAUCCAUUUCCGAAUUGGUGCCCAAAUGCCAUCCUUUGGGAAGCUUUGAACAAAUGGAAGCAGUGAACAUUGCUCAGACACCAGCAGAACUCUACAAUGCUAUCCUCGUUGAUACGCCACUAGCUGCAUUUUUCCAGGACUGUAUUUCUGAACAGGAUCUUGAUGAAAUGAAUAUUGAAAUCAUAAGAAAUACUCUUUACAAGGCUUACCUAGAAUCCUUUUACAAAUUUUGCAAGUCACUAGGAGGCACAACUGGAGAUGCCAUGUGUCCAAUCUUAGAGUUUGAAGCUGACAGAAGAGCAUUUAUAAUCACAAUAAAUUCAUUUGGCACUGAACUUUCAAAAGAAGACCGCGCCAAAUUGUUUCCACACUGUGGAAAGCUUUAUCCUGAGGGAUUGGCCCAACUAGCACGUGCUGAUGACUAUGAACAGGUCAAAACAGUAGCUGACUAUUAUCCAGAGUACAAACUGCUAUUUGAAGGUGCAGGUAAUAACCCAGGUGAUAAAACCCUUGAAGAUAGAUUCUUUGAGCAUGAGGUAAAGUUAAAUAAAUUGGCUUUUCUGAACCAGUUCCACUUUGGAGUGUUCUACGCUUUUGUGAAACUGAAGGAACAAGAAUGCAGGAACGUUGUGUGGAUUGCAGAAUGCAUCGCUCAGAGGCAUCGAGCCAAGAUUGACAACUACAUCCCUAUCUUCUAAAGUCACAUUCCCACCUUUUCUCCUGUAUGUGUCCCACAGGCGCUGCAGAUACCUCCUUCACUUUACUUUCCAUAUCAUUCUAAAUGUGCAGUGAAAUUAAAUUGUCCCUUUCUGUAGUAACCCCCAAAGAACCACAUGAGAUUUAAUAUGUGCAAUGCCAGUGGUCCUUCUUUCUUUCCUGUGGUAAAUAAGUUAAACCAUUUUAGAUCACACAAACAAGUGAAAGUACACACUCCCUUUAUGCAUACAUGUUUAAUGACUAAUAUGAUAUAGUUUUGCUGGAAUCAGAAUCUUUAGUGUGUGGGGCAUCAGGAAAUUGAGAUUUAUCUGUCUGGGCUGAUACACACAGGCGAGUUUCUCUUUACUGUCUGUUUAUUUUCCCUAUGAUUAUUUCUAAUACAGGGAACAUUAGGAUACAGGUAAUAAAUACAGACAGUUGUUGUCAUGUAUUCUUGCCAUGCUGCUGCUUUUGUCACAGGUUGCCAGGAUUUAAUGUGCAGGCUGGCUCUCCUGAUUACUCUAGGCCUUACAAGGUACAGGUAUGGGACCUGUUCUACAAAAUACUCGGGAUCUGGGGUUUUCCAAAUCUUUCCAUAAUUUGGAUCUUCAUAUCUUAAGUCUACUAGAAAAUCAUGUAAACAUGAAAUAAACCCAAUAGGUUGGUUUUGCUUCCUAUAAGGAUUAAUUAUACCUUAGUUGGGAUCAAGUACAAGGUAACAUAGUUACUGUUUUAUUAUUACAGAGAAAAAGGAAAUCGGUUUUAAAUAUUCGAUUAUUUGGAUAAAAUGGAGUCUAUGGGAGACAGCCUUUCCGUAAUUUGGAGCUUUCUGGAUAACGGGUUUCCGGGUAUAACGGAUCCCAUACCUGUAAACCAUUUGAGACUGACCCUUUAACUGAAUUAAUCCGCAGCAGAAUUAAUAAUGAAACUCUCUAGAUUAAGCUUAUCUCUAUGCCAUGACUUAUUAUACCCAUGAAAGGGUAGGGUUUACCCUAGUAGGUUUGACUUUGUGAACCUCCUAAAAAGUAGGUAUAGUGUGGAUGUGUUGUCUUUGGUAUCUUUGUCACUGUAUGAAUUGAAUUGUUUGCAUGAAUAACUAUCGCUUCCCCCCCAAUAUUUUCAGAUGGCUAGUUAUUCCUUGGUUGGCAGAAGGUGUAAUCUUUUCCAUUUGGAAGCAUCAGAAUCUUCACCAAGUUCAUGAUCCGAUGAUCCAAGAACUCCGCUCCAUAGAAACCAUUUCAGCUUUAACGAGUGUCUGUCCUCUGGUUCCCCAUAGUGAUUCAACUUUGUUUUUUGUUUUAUAUUUAUGGGGCAGAUUAUUAUUCAUAAAUAAUAUUUUUGUUACAAUUCAAACUGGCCAAUCCGUAUGGAUUCCCAUCAGUUCAAAAUGUAUCAUCGUUAUUAAAAAGGGAUGCACCAAAUUCAUUAUUUGAUUCAGAUGAAGUAAAUACAAACAUGUCGUGAUUUUAAAUCUUUGGACCAAUUUUCUUUGUCAUAUUUAAAUAUGUAAAUUAACAUUCAGGUUUGCUAUUUGGAAAAAUCCAAAGAUUUGGGAUACAGUGCAGCCCCAGGUUAUUAACACUUUAUUAAAUGUCGUGAAAAUGACAGCAAUGAAAAAUCUGAAUAGUUUGCUGUUAACCUGAGAUUUUGUCAGGGAAUCCCUGUUCUUUCAAGGGCUGCCUUAGUUAUACAUCAAUGCUCCUAAGCACUACUAUAUACACCCAUGGCUUCUCAGUUUACUGUUUACGUUUAUGGUGCAACAACUCGGUUAGAGAUUGUGCCCUAAUCUAACACAAGUUGCGCUCCCAAGUUGCAUCAUUUAUCUUUACCACAUGGCAGUAUGGCCCUAAACCUUUAAUCUCUAUACCUGAAUCCUAGCAUCUGUGCUAUUUAGAGGGGGAAGUGUAACCAGAUGGCAUGGUUACAUUUCCCCCCUAAUGAAUCUAAUCACAAGUUUUAGCCCUGGGCUGUUGCUCCAUUUAGGAAAAAAGUGCUGGCCCAGAAAAAGUAACUUAACAUCUGUUUUUAAUAUCUUUAAAGGGGUGGUUCGCCUUUAAGUUAACUUUUAGUAUGUUAUAGAAUGGCCAACUGGCCAAUUCAAAGCAAGAUCCGACAAUAGAAUAACUUAUCUUAUUGCCGUUGAAUCAAAUGUGACGCCUGUGUUUUUGUGCAGCGUGUCGGAUUGCACCGGAAUCGUCUGUGGAGUCCUGCCCUUACUCAUCUUUCUAUUCAGGCUCUCUUAUUCUUUUCCUUUUCAUAUUCCAAUUUCUUAUUCGAUGCAUGUUUGCUAGGGUAAUUUGUACCCUAGCAAAUAGUGCUGAAAUUGCAAGUUACCGAAUAAAAAGUUAAGUCAAAAACCACAAAUAAUAAAAAAUGAAAACCAAUUGCAAAUUGUCUCCGAAUAUCACUCUACAUCAUAUUUACAGUUAAUUUAAAGACGAACAACCCAUUUUACGCAGACCUGGACACGUGUAAAAUCAGAAAAACUUUACUGCAAACUUACUAGUCUGCCAAUGAAUUACUGGGAAUUACUGGCAGCACAGCGCUUUUUUACUAAAUGAUGCCCCCAGGGUCAUUAUACAGACACCAUGUUUGUACAUACAUAUUGUUUGGGUGCAUUUAUGGUGUAUAAGCCCAUUUUUGCGUAAAUUAUUUGUUUUAAAAAGGAACUUUAAUCAAAUGUUUACAUUUUUUAUUAUUUACAUUAUAACUAUUUUUGCAGCUUUACAUACUGGCUUUGCUUAGUGACACGAUAUACAGUAGAUUCCUUCUGAAUCCUGAUUAAUCACAUGAAAGUGUCAGGCUUUCCUCUGGUGUCUGGUGUGAAGAAAAGAUUUGUUUGUAGUGGAAAUCCAUUUUACAAGUGAAGUUGAUUGGCCUUCUUGUCAUUUUGGUUAGUUUCCAUGAUUGUGGCAUUGUUAUAUUUUUUUACUUUUCAGUGUUUAAGAAUAUACUGUCAUGCUGGAAAAGAAAAUCCCCAUAUUAUCCUUAUACGUGCAAUGUUAAAAAAAAAAAAUCUAUAAAUAUUUAAAGAUAAAUCCUAUUUCACUGUAUGCAUUCUUUCAAAUCUUCUAUGUAAAAAUGUGGUAAUAUAAUAAAAUGUUUUACAGCGUG